AAUAACACUGUAACAGCAAGGGUUAAUUCAGAGAAGAGAAGGACACAGGGACAAGGUACCGAUGGGAGUUCGGUCACAAUGGCUGCUCUAUACCAGAGCACUGACUCCUCCUCCCCAAAUAAAUGUCUGGCUCUGAAAGAUGUCAGAGAAGUGAAGGAAGAGACUAAUUUAGAUGAAAAGCUCUUUUUGCUGGCCUGUGAGAAAGGCGACUACUAUAUGGUUAAAAAGCUCCUGGAGGAGAACAGUUCAGAUGAAUUAAAUAUUAAUUCAGUCGAUGUCCUGGGAAGAAACGCUAUUACAAUAACCAUUGAAAAUGAGAACCUGGAUAUUCUACAACUUCUUCUGGACCAUGGCUGUCAGGCUCAUCAUAUAUGGGGUAGCAGGUGGUCUCCUUUUGUGAGCCCUGAUGAUGUCUAUGAUGCAGAGGGCUCUUUGUCCACAGAUGCAUUGCUGGUGGCAAUAGACUCUGAAGUGGUGGGAGCAGUGGAUAUCUUAUUGAAUCAUCGUCCAAAAUGGUCUACAAGACCAACAAUUGUGAAACUCAUGGAGCGUAUACAGAAUCCAGAGUAUUCCACAACCAUGGAUGUGGCUCCUGUUAUUUUAGCUGCUCACAGAAACAACUAUGAGAUCCUGACAAUGCUCUUAAAACAAGAUGUCUCUCUUCCAAAACCUCAUGCUGUAGGCUGUGAAUGUACCCUGUGUACAGCCAAGAAUAAGAAGGACAGUCUAAGACACUCCAGAUUUCGGCUUGACAUUUACCGAUGCUUGGCCAGUCCAGCCCUAAUCAUGUUGACCGAAGAAGAUCCUAUUUUACGGGCAUUCGAGCUCAGUGCAGAUUUGAAGGAACUGAGUCUUGUGGAGGUAGAAUUUAGGAAUGAUUAUGAAGAGCUUGCUCAAAAGUGUAAGACCUUUGCAAAGGACUUGUUGGCUCAAGCCAGGAAUUCCAGGGAGCUGGAAGUGAUCUUAAACCAUCAGUCCAGUGAUGAACCAGUGGAUAAGAGGGGACUGCUUGAAGAGCGGAUGAACCUAAGCCGUUUAAAGCUGGCAAUCAAAUACAAUCAAAAAGAAUUUGUAUCACAAUCCAACUGCCAACAGUUCCUCAACACAGUCUGGUUUGGACAGUUAGCGAGCUACAGAAGGAAGCACACCUGCAAGAAGAUAUUGAUUGUCCUCACAGUGGGGAUUUGCUGGCCAAUCCUUUCUCUGUGCUAUCUGCUAGCCCCAAAGACACAAGUCGGCCGAAUGAUCCACACACCUUUCAUGAAGUUUAUCAUCCAUGGGGCAUCUUACUUUACUUUCCUACUACUCCUUAACUUGUAUUCCCUAGUCUACAAUGAAGAUAAGAAGAACACUAUGGGACCAGCCUUGGAGAGAAUAGACUACCUGCUCAUUAUAUGGCUCAUAGGGAUGGUUUGGUCCGAUGUGAAGCGCCUUUGGUAUGAUGGCCUGGAAGAUUUUUUGGAAGAAUCUCGGAAUCAGCUCAGCUUUGUGAUGAACUCAUUGUAUUUAGCAACCUUCACUCUUAAAAUAGUGGCCCACAGCAAGUUCCACCACAUUGCAGAAAGAAAGGACUGGGAUGCUUUCCAUCCCACACUGGUAGCAGAAGGUCUCUUCGCUUUUGGCAAUGUGCUAAGCUAUCUGCGUCUUUUCUUCAUGUACACAACCAGUUCCAUUCUGGGACCGUUACAGAUCUCUAUGGGUCAGAUGUUACAAGAUUUUGGAAAAUUCCUUGGCAUGUUCCUUUUAGUCCUGUUCUCAUUUACCAUUGGACUGACACAAUUGUACGAUAAAGGAUAUACAGACGAUGAACCCAAGGACUGCGUUGGAAUCUUCUGUGAACGCCAGAGCAAUGACACCUUCCACUCGUUUAUUGGCACAUGUUAUGCCCUGUUCUGGUACAUUUUCUCGCUGGCACAUGUAGCUCUCUUUGUAACCAGAUUUAGCUACAAUGAUGAACUUCCGUCAUUUGUGGGAGCAGUAAUAGUUGGCACAUACAACGUGGUGGUUGUGAUUGUAUUGACCAAGCUUCUGGUAGCAAUGCUGCACAAAAGCUUCCGGCUCAUCGCUAACCACGAGGAUAAAGAGUGGAAGUUUGCCCGGGCUAAGCUGUGGCUGAGUUAUUUUGAUGACAAAUGUACGCUCCCCCCACCUUUCAAUAUUCUCCCAUCUCCCAAGACUGUAUGCUAUCUGUUCAACAGUCUGAGCAAGUGGAUCUGUUCCCACACUCCAUCAGGAAGGGUCAAGCGACAGAACAGUCUCAAGGAAUGGAAGAGUCUCAGGCAGAAGAGAGAUGAGAACUACCAGAAGGUCAUGUGCUGUCUGGUACAUCGAUACUUGACUUCAAUGAGGCAGAAGAUGCAAAGCACUGACCAAGCCACAGUAGAAAACCUAAAUGAGCUCCGCCAGGACCUUUCUAAAUUCCGAAAUGAGAUGAGAGACCUCCUUGGCUUCAGGACCUCGAAAUAUGCAAUGUUCUACCCCAGGAAUUAAAGACCUCAUUAUAGAUCUGUCCCUUUUUGUCUACAGAGCUGUUUGUGUUGGUAUUUUCUGCAUUCAUUUGUGCCAGUAUUUUAUAAUCUUAUCCUUAAACGAACACUAAACCUAAAGCUGGACUCUAAAAGUAAACAAGGAAUCUGGUUGCCCUCACUGUUUGGCAGUCUGCAGCACUUUCUGCAUGAUCUUGACACAACAGUCUUGUGGAAAUCUUGCAGAGAACAAUGGGGUUAAUCUCUUGUUGAUCUGCUUCAGCUAGAUUUGACUAGAGUCCGACAGAGGAACAGAGCUUAACCAACAGGCAGGGAUGAACAAUCUUUUUGUACUACUGCAGAUAGGACACAGCAGGGAGGCUCAUGCUCCGGCCACUUGUCUUACAGCCUGUCUCAGGACCAUAAGGAGGAGAAGGGAGGACAUGCAUGAGCUCCUGGUGCACAGAGAGAUUUUUCAGUUUUAUUUCUCAGUAUUAAUUAUAAUAUGAGACAAAGUAGGACCACGGAAAAUACAGUAUGAAAAUAAAGGGAGCAAGAGUUGGGAAUUUUUUUUAAAUGUUUCUGAUUUCUCAGUGUUCCGUAUUCUUUUAAAGUGUACAUCUCAUUAUAGUUGUUGUUUUUUUAAAGAAAGCAGCAGGACACAUUUUUUGACAUUUUGUUAAGUGCCAUCUUUCAGCAGUAGGUGUGGUAAGAACAUGCUCCAUGAUACUUUGCUGAGGCACCACACAAAGUUGUGAUCAGAUCCCAUGUAUCUAAAGGUGAUGUUACUUGAACAGGAUGCUAGAAGAAUACAGAUGCAGGUCGACAAAAGUGAGGCUGCACAGUAAGCCAGAUGCAGCAUGUCACAGGCAGUGUGAUCAUUCCAAACCCAUGCACGAAGGAACAGAGAUUACUUUUUUUUUUUUAAGUCUUUCAUCGUCAAGAGGAGGCGGCCUGGAAAAUAUUCAGUGACAUCACCGGAAUACACAGAACUAGGCAGAUUUGCAGUUGUCACCCAGUUUGUCCCUGAAUUAUUUCAUGCAAUCAUCCAAGUACAGUCCAUUCUAAUUCAUAUUUUAUUAUUCAGGAACCUACAAGAUACAGCAGUGGCACUAGACAUCAUGAUUACUGAGGAGAAUGUGCAUUAGACACCAUGGUUUUCAC